CUGUAUGGGUGUUCAUUGAUCAAAAUCAAGAUGCUAGUUAGCUAAUCUUAUUUUUGUGCAUGUGUUGCUACUGAAUGGUCCUUUAACAAUUGUUAAGUUAUUUAUUGUAAAUUGUAUUAAAUGUUUUUUUAAAUCUCGAAAUUGUGUGACAGUAACAAAGUUUUCCAUUUGUAAAAGUUAUAUUCGUACAUCCCGAUAGUUGGAAACGAUCCGAAACUUUUCAACUGGAGUUUUGUAGCUAGCUAAUAUGGCGUAGUUCAGUUGGUCUAAUCAGCUGUUUAGCCAUGUUUGGAGCAUAACCUGGCUAUAGCAAUUACAGAUGCAUGCAAGAUUACCUUUUGUUAAAUGUAUUACGAAUAUGAAAUCAGAAAUCGCAAUUCUAUUCCUUGCGUUGUGCUGCGCAUCAGGAGACACCGGCCACAAAACGGUCGAGGCGGACCGCUACCCAGGGCACGAACAUAACGCAAAUGCUUUUCUUGGCUCUGAGGAUAAGGAUGAAAUAAAGAAACUGAGUCCAACUGAGCAGAGGAAUAAAAUGGUGGAGAUAGUUAAGAGAAUUGACACUGACUCAGACAAAUACCUGACUACAGAAGAGAUCACUUUAUGGAUACAGAAGGUGUACAGAAGCUAUGCAAUGGACGAUGCAAAGGAACGUUUCCCAGGGUUUGACACAAACGGUGAUGGUCUGGUGUCUUGGGAUGAAUACAACAUGGUGAUACAUGGCCACACUAUUGAAGUGGAUGAAAAGGCUGUUCUUGAGGACCCAGAAGAAGAAUCUCUCAGAUUUCUUCAUUUGAAAGAAAAAAGGCGAUUUGACUUUGCUGAUGUGGAUGGAAACCGAGGCUUGAAUCUGCCAGAGUUUCUUGCAUUUACACAUCCAUCCGAAGUAGACCACAUGGCUGACUUUACAAUUGAAGAUGUGUUAAGUGAGUACGAUUUGGACAAAGAUGCAUUUAUCAGUCUGAGUGAAUUCAUUGGAGAUCUCCGAGCAAAUGAAGGUGAUGAGCCCUCACAGUGGGAAAUUGAGGAGACGGUUCGCUUUAAAGACCUUUAUGACCAGGACAAGGAUGGCAAACUGAAUCGGGAUGAGCAAUUGCGGUGGGUUGCUCCCAACAGCUAUGGCUCAGCACGAGAAGAGGCUGUUCAUCUAAUCAAAGAAAUGGAUCAGGAUGGGGAUGCAAAGCUCUCAGAAAUGGAGGUUUUGAAGAACCAGGACAUUUUUAUGAACAGCGAAGUGACAGACUAUGGCAGACAACUUCAUGUGUCACAUGAUGAGUUAUAAUAUUUUUUGUCAUCGUCACAAUUACAAUUAUUUUUACAUGAGAGAAAUGUUCAUUUGUGAAAAUCUUUAUAAAACCUGAACUAUAUUUAGACGUACUAGAAGUAUUGUACUGCACUAAAUGUUUGAAAGGUAUUUCAAGGGGUUAUAUUACUGUGUCAGGUAUGAGGGUUGUAUAUGGUAACUGUAUUUUUCUCCUUAAAGUAAUCUAUUUGACUCUGAACAGCAUGGCAGGUGUGACACUUAUCGGCUUUCUAUGCCACACUGCACUUCACACCUCUAGAUGCUGACAGCUAGCACAUAACCUUUAAAAGUUAAUCAUACCAUGACUGCUGAUGAAUUUCUCAGCAACACAGGCCUAAUCCAUACUAACAUGGGUAAAUUGGCACAUGCCACACACGUGUUCAUCCAUUUUGCAUUCAUCCACAAUAAAAUAACAUGUUCCUCCAAAGAAAGCAUAUGGUUUCAAAUCUGGUCUCAGAAGUGGGUAAUUCUGAAAAUGCAGCUUUGGUGGUGGUGUUGUGGGUGGGUGAAAAGGAAAAAAUGGACUGAAAACACAAAAACUGUUUUUCAAUUACCCACAGUUAGUGUGGACUAAACCUCAGUUGUACUGAUACAGCCGAACAUUUUUUUUGUUUGAACGUGGGAACAAACAAACAAACAAAUAGUAAAACAUAAAAAAAAAAAAAAUGGAGUUGUCCAAGUUUGUUAAUUUUAAUUUUGUAAAGCAUCCCUUCUGUAACAUUAAUACUUUAAUACCUGAUAUCAAAUAUAAUAAUUUCUGUCUAUUUUUUUCAUCAACAAGCUCUGAUGAUUGAAGUUAACUGACAUGAAUAACCUUAUCAUAUUUUUUGUUAACAAACAUUAUCAACUAUACAUUUCUACAUCCUAAGAAGAAACUCAAGAUAAAUCUUAAAACUGCAAAAAUGUAGCUGUAUCUGCACAAUAACUAUUACUUUGAUGAUGUAGAUGUAAUUAACAGAAGUAGUUCUAGUCUUCUACUUCAUAAAUUGUUCCAUGCACAACCCCAUAUUUCAGUUUCUUGUGGUGCACCAUGCACCACAAAACAUGGUUCCCCUUUCACAGUUUUCACAGUAAAAUAUUCUCAUAAUAUUUUUUGUCAACCUUUUUGUUACCCAGUCUAUAAAGAUUUAGACGGGUCACUUCUCACCACUACUGCUUACACUAAGCAGUAGUGGUGAGAAGUGACCCAUCUAAAUCUUCAUCAGUGGUUAUGAGGGGUUUAAUGUUUUUAAAAGCCUUGUUUUUAUAUUUGGUUGCCAGAUUAUCUUCUGUUAUACUCACUAAAAUAUAAGUGUAAACUAUGAUUAGUAUUGUUGUUUUACAUCUUGGGUCAUCCAAAAACAAGAAAAUGCAUAAAAUAGACAUACUGUGUUUUGUUUUGGGUAGCAAUGUUGAUGUAGGGUGCAGUAUUCUAGGGCUAAAGUAUGAAAUUCAUUAAAAAUAAUCACCACAAUCAUGGAUGGCUUCCCAGAUCAUGACAACCAUCUGCAGAGUGGAAAGCCUGCAUGAAGACCCCACAUGCUGCUGGUCUUUACCACUGGAAUGGAUUUGAAUGAUUUCACGAAUCCUUGAAAUGGGGAGGUGCAUGUCUCAAAAACCCCUACAAUGGUCUAUUUCACAGCCUUACAUUCAUUUACAUAAGCCUGGUGUAGGUGCUUCCAUUUGGUAUAAUUUACUGUAAUAGACAUAUUUUACUUUGUGCAGGUUGUGUUGAAGGAAAUAUCAGUACUUGAUGUUGAUGGUCUUCUUUUAACUUUAUACUUUGGUGAAUGCUUGUAUAAAAAAAAUGAGUGAUAAAUCAUUUAUAAAGUCAAAACAGUCAAAGCAUUGUGUAACUACCAGGGUGGUGUGAAGAAUGGGCUGUAGUGUGGUUUAUGGUUGCAGAGGUGUCUGGCAGUUAUUUUAAAUAUCCGAAUUACACACAAACUGUGCUAUUACCCUGCGUUUUCAGUGCAAUUCACUGAUACUUAAUAAGUUCUAAAAGCCCCACUAUUUCAGUCUUGCCCUAUCCACAAUUCAAAGGUUGAGUGAAUCAAGCUGUUAUCUUUCCACUACCCUUUCUGUGGUUAGUGACAUCAUAGAAAAGUUCUUCCUUAUUUCAGUCCACAAUGCAUCACAAAUGAAGUGCUGUGAAGUUUCUGGUUUGCUUUGUGUAUUUUCCGAUGCCUUUUAUUACGGAAUUUGUACUAUAAUAUUUUUCAGUUAAUGCAGAACUGUUUGCAGGGUUUAUAUUCCUGUUAGUGUUGGUGGAAAAAACCCCUACAAAAAUAUCCUGAAAUUUGGACGAGAUGACACAGUUGCAAUUCAAAAAUGCUUUCUGGGUAAGUGAGCUGGUGUCGUCCUUGCUGCACAUCUGUGUGACUUUCAAUCUGCAUUCAUAAAGCUUUAUUUAUUGAUAAGAUUUUUUUUUUUUUGGCAGCAACCCACAAUAACUACUUUACAUUCAUCUGAUUACAUAACUGAGUUUUGAUAAUUGUUUUGGAUACCUUUUAUGAGGGACUCUAAGCUACUUUUAACGCAUUUCAGCAAGUUCAAAUAUCUUCACUAUACUAUUCUCAAGCAGAUUGGGGGUUUUGUAACCUAAAUGUUUCCUCUGAUGUCCAUUAUUAAUUUCAACACUAUCAAAUGAAACACUCAUAAACAGGUAAUCCUUUUUAUCUGCAUAGAAAUAGUAAUGAAAAGGUGAUGGAAAAUAAUGCUUCACCUUAAAUUGCAUUUAAGAGUGGCGGGAUUCUGAUGACAUUGUUGGAAGUAGAAAGCACUGAUGUUAUGUAUUGAUGAUGAUGUGGUGAACUGUUGUGCUAUCACUGUGAUUAAAAAAUGGUUUUAAAUGCA